AUGGCGCUAGACACUGUCCUCCAUCUGCAGCUUUCUCUAUGGCUUUCGCUUGUAAUCGCCGCACCUGUUCUAACACUGAUUCAUGACGUAUGGCUAUGGCUACGAAUGCCCCCAGGCCCGACGCCUCUCCCAUUCCUCGGCAACAAACUGCAACUCCCCAAGUCGCGGCCAUGGCUUCAGUUCCAGGAAUGGGCAAAAACAUAUGGCCCCAUCUUCACCAUUUGGAUCGGCCGUAGACCCACCAUUGUCAUAUCGGACCCCAACAUCGCCGUCGACCUGAUGGAGAAACGGAGCGCAAAGUAUUCGUCUCGGCCCCGCAUGGUGGCCAUGGGCGAGAUACUCUGGGAUAACGCAAGUAUACUGGUGCAGCCCUAUGGCAAGGCAUGGAGUGUGCGAAGGAAGCUGCUCCAUCAGGCCAUGACGCCCAAGGCGCUGCGAUUGUACAAGCCAGUGCAAACAGCCGAGGCAUCACGUUUGUGCGCUCAAUUGCUCGAGGAUCCGGCUAACUGGGAAAAGCUGCUUGAGCGCUACACUUCAAGUAUUGUCUUCUGCGUCGCGUAUGGUCACCGCAUUGACUCGCUCAAUGCCCAAGUUAUCCGCCAGCGCUUCAAGUUUAUGCAUGUCGCUGCGUCGCUCAAUGUGCCCGGCAAAUACAUGGUCGAGUCCUUUCCCAUGUUCAAGUACAUUCCUGAUGCGCUGGCUCCAUGGAAAGCCGAUAUCAAGGCGCGUGGACGCGAAGAAGCGGCCGCUAAUAUGGCCUUGGUUGGGACGGUCCGCUCCGAUGUUGCGCGGGCCAAAAGCCAAGGCGAGGAUAUCCCAGACUCGCUGUGCAAGCUUCUCUUGGAGCUGAGAGAGCAAGAACAUAUACCCCUGUCUGAUCGCGAUUUCUCGUAUAUCCCUGCGUCGCUGUUUGGCGCUGGAUCCGACACGACCGCCUCGACGCUCUGCACUGGUUUCCUGGCGCUAGUCACACACCCGGAAACCCUCCAUGCCGCCCACGCCGAGCUGGAUGCUGUCAUUGGACCCCAUCGCAGCCCGACAUUUGAAGACGAAGCCAGUUUGCCGUACAUGCGUGCCCUCGUCAAGGAAGUCCUGCGUUGGCGUCCUGUUGCAGUCCUUGGCGGGACACCGCACGCCUCGACCGAAGACGAUCGCUACGAAGGCUACUACAUACCUUCUGGUACGACCGUGUUGGGAAACUCAUGGGCCAUCAACCUGAAUGAAGAGUACUAUCCAGAUCCGCACCGCUUCGACCCCACGCGUUUCCUCGAUGCCGCGCUGGCUCAACGCGCAAAAGCCCCAACGCUACUAACAGGCAAACCACAUCCCGCGAAAGCAGGCCACUCAUCAUUUGGCUGGGGCCGACGAAUCUGCCCGGGCGCGAGCCUCGCAGAAAACAGCCUCUACGUUGCUCUGGCAAAGACGCUCUGGGCCUUUGACAUCCAGCCCAAGCACGGGGUGCAGUACGACACAUUCGCCUACACCGAAGGCUUCAACAUCCGACCGCAGAAGUUUGAAUGCGAGAUUAAGCUCAGAAGUGAGGCUCACGGGGAGGUGCUGAUGAGAGACCUGAAGCAAGCAGAGGGCGUGCUUGACAAGUUUACGCCGUUUCAAGAGUAA